AUGGAUAAGCCGGACUUGUACAACCUCGGGUGCACGCCCCUGACGGUGCUGGCCGCCAAACAGGUUGACGAGCUGUGGUCGGUCCUCACGUGGCCGAGGCAGCCGCUGCCGGUGCUCGACAUUGGCUGCGGGCCCGGUGACGUCACCAGGAAGGUUUUAGCUCCGCGGCUGCCACCGGGCACGAAGCUGGUGGCCUGCGACAUCAGCACAAAGAUGCUGGAGUUCUGCAGGCAGCACAACGCGCUGCCGGGCACCAUCACGUACGAGCAGCUGGACGUGGUUCAGCCCGACCUGGAGAACUCCGCCGUGUGGCAGUACGCGCCCUUCGGCAAGGUGUUCUGUUUGCUGCUGCUGCAUUGGGUGCCCGACAACAGGCGUGCUGUCCAGAACAUUCACAAGCUGUUGGUGUCUGGCGGAGAGGCUGUCUUCAGCAUAAUAGCUAACAUGACUCAUUACACAGUGCUUGAAGAAAUGGCGAAAGACUCGCGUUGGGCCCAGUACAUGCAGGACUCGGAGAAGUUCGUAUCUCCGUACCAGCACAGUGAGGACCCAGUGAGCGACUUCCGCCAGCUGCUGCAGAGCGAGGGCUACCAGGUGCUGCGCUCUGACGUCGCGCCGCAGGUGCUCUUCUUUCCGAGUGAGAUGCAGCGCAGAGAAUUAAAGUCAGCUGCCAGUCAAGACACAGUUAUCAAAACACAAGCUCAUUUAAACAUUGUUGUCGGCAUGGUGUCGUCGUUGUGCCUUCUCAGGGAUUCUGACCUACACCGUGCAUCGCUGCGGUCCGUAUGUCCAUUUCUGAACCGCGUUCCGGAAGACCAGAAGGAUAAUUUCUUAGAUGAUUGGCUACAGCGUAUGGAGAAACUGAACGGAUUAUCAAAGGACGUUGGAAGCAGUGGAGAGCCGAAAUACUACAUCCACUUUAACAUAAUGGUGGCUAUGGCCAGAAAACUUGACGCUGGUGGUAUAAAAAAGAGAUGGAAGAUGGUGGUGGUGGUGGUGGUGGUGGUGGUGGUGGUGGUGGUGGUGGUGGAAAAUUCAAAAUUGCAAUAA